AUGGCUGCUGCUGGGUGCUGGGGGGGCCCUGGCCCCCUCCAGCUCGGAGCCCCGCCGAGGGCAAGCAUCACUGCUGAGACAGCCCUUUCGUCCUCUGAGGCCAGGGAAGACGGUACCGAGGGGCCUUCCCCCUUUUCCUCUGAGUGUCCAGAAACCCCACCAGCUUGUCUUAAUAGUACAACAGGUUUUCAGAAAACCCCGUGGGCGUGGCACACAGACAGGACCCAGGGUGAGGGUGCAAAGCAGAGAGACGAAGGAAGGACAGAGCAGGGAGGUCUGGUGGGCGGCAGUCUGGCCUCCGGCAAGGCUUUCCUGGGCCUUGCGCCCUUCAUUCCCCCAGAACGCCCUUCCUUGUGA